CACAGCCUGAGUACCAACAAAUGCAAUUUCGAAAUGCCUGUCUACUUUUUCGUGUGACAAGACACAAAUCCAUUGUUCAACAAAUAAAUUUCAACCUGUGCUGGAAGUGCCACUGCUCAAAGGGUGCUACCCGACAGCCCUCUCCGCUCAUCCAAAUGUCGAACCAAAAGCAAGGCACUCUCAACAAGUUUUUCGGCAAGCCGAAUGGAGCAAAACCAGCAGCCCCUCAACAGUCUAAAUUGGCUUUCUCAACUAAAUCAACGAUCAAGAAGGACGCCGAGAAAGAAAAUGAACCCACUUCUUCUAGCGAGGAUAUCGACUAUGAUGCAAAAGAUAACGGGGACCAUAUAGCAAUGUGCAACGGGAAGGAAAGGAAUGAUCAACAGCCAGAAACUGAUGUCGCUUCCAAAAUGAAGAAGCGAGUAGUUGAAGAGAAUGAAGAAAGCUCGAAUACAGCUGACUUGGGACCACCUACGAAAAAAGCUAAAAUAAAAACAGAAGACACAAGGAACGAUUUAGUUACCACGGUUGAGAGUCAAAGUCCUUCCACGAAAUUCACUGCAAGAGUCCAACAAGAGAAACAAACACAAACCGUAGCUAGGCAAGGCAAGUUGCAGGGAAAGCGCAAGAUCAUCGAAGAGGAUGAGGAAGACGGGGAAAAAGCAUCUGCGCCAGCAGCGAUGAAGCUUCAGAAGGACAUCAAAUUACCAGAGGAUGAUGCAGAGGAGACGGAAAGUUCAACAUCGAAUGAAGAAGCCGAAGAAUCUCAAAGCGACGACGACGAUGAGAAGCCAGAGUUAGCUGCCAAGCAACGCGAGAAGGUCCAAGCAACGUUGAAGGCUGACGGGAAAGAUCCAUACCCGGACUGGGAACCAGGUCAGCCCGUACCAUAUGCUGCUUUGUGCACAACAUUCUCGAAAAUCGAGUUAACGACAAAGCGAUUGGAAAUUGCUGCUCACUGCUCCCGAUUUCUUCGACAGGUGAUGCGGCUGACACCUGAAGACUUGCUGCCAACUGUAUUGCUCAUGAUCAACAAGCUCGCAGCGGACUAUGCAGGCAUUGAGCUGGGCAUCGGCGAAUCACUAAUUAUGAAAGCCAUUGGUGAGUCUACUGGUCGCUCUCUUCAAGUCAUAAAAGCGGACCAGAAGCAGAUUGGAGACCUGGGUUUGGUGGCUGCAAAGAGCCGAUCGAACCAGCCAACCAUGAUGAAGCCCAAGGCUUUGACCGUACGUGGCGUACACAAAGGUCUUAUGGAUAUAGCUACCAUGCAAGGACAAGGUGCUCAGGGACUUAAAGUGUCUGGUAUCAAGAAGCUGCUCUCUGCUGCUGACGUUGCUCUGGCUGGGAAAGGCAAAGUUGACAUUACGAAGGACAAAGGAGGUCCCAGUGAAGCGAAGUUCAUAGUGAGAACCUUGGAAGGCAAGCUUAGAUUAGGCUUGGCAGAAAAAUCUGUGCUAGUAGCUCUAGCUCAGGCGCUUGUAUUCCACGAGGCCGCGCAGAAGGGCAAGAUUCCAAGUGCGGAUCAACUAGCUAAAGGAGAAGCGAUCUUAAAGUCUGUCUACAGUGAGCUUCCGAGCUAUGAAGUCAUUAUUCCUGCAGUUCUGGAGCACGGCCUUGACAAUUUACGCGAAAACUGCAAACUUCAACCUGGUGUGCCACUGAAACCUAUGUUGGCUAAACCGACUAAGUCUAUCACCGAAGUGCUCGACCGCUUCGAUCAGAAAGAAUUCACCUGCGAAUAUAAAUAUGACGGAGAGCGUGCGCAGAUUCACUUUGUGGCACAUGAUUCAAAGUCACAGUAUGCUACUGCAGCUCCGCAGGCUGGCAAAAGCGACAAGGGAAUCGCCAAUGUCUUCUCUCGCAAUUCGGAAGACCUGUCCAAGAAAUACCCCGACAUCCUUGCUGCCCUACCGCGUUGGGUCAAAGAAGGUACCAGUUCCUUCGUGCUCGACUGCGAGGCUGUGGCUUGGGAUGUGCAGGAGAAGAAGGUGCUUCCAUUCCAGCAGCUCAUGACACGAAAGCGGAAGGACGUCAAAGUCGAAGACAUUAAAGUCAAAGUCUGUGUCUUCGCAUUCGACUUACUAUUCCUCAAUGGCGAGCCUCUGGUCAACCAACCGUUCCGUAAGCGUCGGGAAAAGUUGCAUGGUGCGUUCCAUGAAGUCGAGGGCGAGUUUGCCUUUGCCAAAUAUGGCGACACCAACGAGCUGGAAACAAUACAAACACUUCUUGAAGAUUCCGUCAAAGCAUCUUGCGAAGGUCUUAUGGUUAAAAUGCUUGAUGGCCCCGAAUCAUCGUAUGAACCUUCGAAGCGCUCACAGAAUUGGCUCAAGGUCAAGAAAGACUACCUUGCCGGCGUCGGAGACUCCUUAGACUUGGUGGUUCUUGGUGCGUACUACGGCCGUGGCAAACGCACCAGUUGGUAUGGGGCUUUCUUACUUGCAUGUUACAAUCCGAGCAAUCAGACGUACGAAACCGUGUGUAACAUUGGCACCGGGUUUUCUGAAGAGAUUCUUGCCGAAUUUCAUCAAAAACUCUCGGAUAUAGUUAUCGAGCGGCCCAAACCAUUCUAUGAGCAUUCCUCGGGCAAUAAAGACCAGCCAGAUGUGUGGUUUGAGCCAAAAUAUGUUUGGGAAGUCAAGACGGCAGAUCUGACCAUCAGUCCGAGAUACAGGGCAGCGGCUAAUAUUGUGGAUCGUGAUGGCAAGGGUGUUAGCCUACGGUUUCCUAGGUUUAUCAAGGAACGAGAUGAUAAAAGGCCGGAAAUGGCCACUUCAGCACGACAAAUUGCUGAGAUGUAUAAUGCUCAGGAAGCGAUUGGCAAAGAGAAGAAGACUGGUGUCGAUGAUGAUUUUGAAUAUUGAUUCCGUUGCUGCCAUGCACAACGAACUGAAGUACAUUCCCACCUCAAGAUGAGGAUCAUUUAUGUACAACAACUGCCCCGCGAAAUGUCAAACGUAAUUCAAGACAGACUCAUCCACGAGAUCGAUGUUCUAGUAGGCAUUGCAUGUAUCGUCAAACAUGACAUGUUCGAUCUUGAAUCUUGAACCUUGUUCUGCG